AUGGUGCAACCGCAGGAUUUAAAGGCUGACGUAUUGAAGAUAAAAGGAGUGGUCGACGUAAACUUAACGCGCUUUACAAACAUUGGCAAAAGGAGGACUUUCACAUACGACCAUAGGACGUUGAAAACAAGGCUUCCCGUUCGCUCAGCCCUAUUUAAGCAACGUACCGGCGGAUUAGUAGUUAGGUGGGUGACCACUAGCGAAUACCCGCUGUUGUAUGUUUUUUGUUCUUUUGUGAGCUUUCUAUACUGCAAGCUUUUUGCGGCGAUUGCGAAUAUUGCAAUCACAGGAUUUAGAGGCUAA